AUAUUUAAUUUCAAAUAUGUCCAACUCAGGUUUUCCAAAUUUAAAAAAUUGCAAUUUGGAUGCAAUGAAAUCAGAUUUCUUGUAUCACAUUGAUAUAAAUGUACCGGAUACGAAAAAUACAGCUGAUAUACAAGCACAAUUUGGCGAUGUUAAGUUUGUUUGCAUGGGUGGCACUAAGAAUCGUAUGCUCGAUUUGGCCAAAUAUUUACGCAGUCUUAUACUGCCUGAACAUAAUAAUGACGAAUUGAUUGACAUUAGUGCGGCCGGUAAUCGUUAUGCCAUCUUUAAGGUGGGUCCUGUUUUGUGCUGUUCCCACGGUGUGGGCAUGAGCACCAUGAGUGUGGUUUUGCAUGAAUUGUUAAAACUGGUUCACUAUGCCAAGUGUCAGGAUCCCAUAUUUAUACGAGUGGGAACAAGCGGUGGUAUUGGUGUGGAUCCUGGCACAGUUGUUAUCACCAAAGAUGCUUAUAAUGGGUAUUUGAGAAAUGAACAUGAAAUUGCCAUUUUGGGCAAAAGAGUUGUGCGGCCCGCCAAUUUUGACAGUUGUUUGGCCCAAGAUCUUUUGCACUGUUCAAAUGGAUCGUUUAACUACAAUGUUGUGUUGGGUAAUACAAUGGGUGCUGAGUGUUUCUAUGAAGGUCAAGGCCGCUUAGAUGGCGCGAGUUGUCAUUACAGCGAAAGUGAUAAAAUGGCAUUUAUACAACAGUGUUACGACAAGGGUAUACGCAACAUUGAAAUGGAAGCAACCAUGUUUGCAUCUCUAACCAAACAUGUGGGUGUCAAGGCGGCCGAUAUAUGUGUGACACUGAUAAAUCGUCUCAAUGGCGACCAAAUUCAAAUUACGAAAGACCAAAAACACGAGUUUGAGCAAAGACCCUUUAAUAUAGUGGGUAAAUACAUUCAAAAGGUUUUGGCGGAGAAAUGAUAUAAAAAAACAACAUUAUUUUUAUACAUAAUUAUUAGGCCAGUCACAAGCAUUCCGCACGGAAUGGUUUUGAUUCCGUAGGAUUUAUUGUUUUCCACAAAAACAUCUAAAUUUGUCACUUCCACUUAAAUAACUAAAAGUGAUUUCAUUCCACAUAAAAUGUUCAUUUUAGUUUCUCUGAAUUAAAACCGAAUAUGGAAUCAAUUUCACUUUCGAUCGGAAUGCAAUUAUAAGCCAUAGAACUAUAUUUUUAAAUAAAUAUUUUAAUUUUUAUUAUUAUAAAUGUGUAUCUGUUAACAUAAAAUCCAUUUUAAAGUU